UCCAGCAAUUUCAUAAUCCUAGUCUCCCUCGAACUUCCCGCUCCCCCGUUGUAGUUCUUGCCUGCUCGGCUCCACGUACGCGUGACGCCCCCAAAACCCUUCUCCACACCGGCGACUCAACGAUCAGAUGCGUACGCCGGCGGCCGGCGGGUGGCGGCUGCACCCGCGGGGCAGCAGCAGCAGCAAGCUGACGAGGCGGAUCAUCAGCAACGUCAAGAUCACCCUCCUCUGCGCCUUCGUCACGCUCCUCGUCCUCCGCGGCACCGUCGGCGUCAACCGCCGCCUCGUCUACAUCGCCGGCAGCCCCGACAACCGCGCGGACUCGGCCACGGCCACGGCCACGGGCAGCGCCAGACCCGUCGAGGACGUCGAGCGCAUCCUCCGCGAGAUACGCGCAGACUCCGACGACGACCCGGACGCUGGCCCUGACGACAACGACGAGGCGCCGACGUCGACCAGCUCGUCUGCGGCCACGGGGCACCACUACGACCGCGGCGCCGCGUGGACGACGACGAACUACAGGCUGCAGCCGCGGGUGACGCGGUGGAACGCCAAGCGGCGGCGGUGGCUGCACCAGAACCCGGGGUUCCCGUCCCGCGACGCGCGCGGCGGCCCGCGGGUGCUGCUGGUCACGGCGUCGCCGCAGGGGCCCUGCGGUAGCUCCGACGGCGACCGGUUCCUGCUCCGGGCCACCAAGAACAGGCUCGACUACUGCCGCCUCCAUGGCGUCGAGAUGGUGCACGCCACGGCGCGGCUGGAGGACCCCGAGCUGCGGUCGGCCGGCGACGGCAACGGGUGGGCCAAGCUCGCGCUGCUGCGGCGCCUCAUGCUGGCGCAUCCGGAGGUGGAGUGGCUGUGGUGGCUGGACGCCGGCGCGCUCGUCACCGACAUGGGGUUCGAGCUCCCGCUGGCGCGCUACGAGGGCGCCCACCUCGUGGUGCGCGGCGACUCGUACCAGCUCUUCCAGCGCCGAGCCUGGGACGCCGCCAGCACCGCCAGCUUCCUGCUCCGCAACUGCCAGUGGUCACUGGACCUGCUCGACGCGUGGACCGUCAUGGCGCCCAGGGGCCGCGCCCGCUACGACGCCGGGGCGCUGCUCACGGCGACACUGGCGGGUCGGCGGGCUGGCGAGGCCGACGACCAGUCCGCCCUUGUACACCUGCUCGUCACCGAGAAGGAGCGGUGGAUGGACCGGGUGUACCUCGAGAACCAGUACUACCUACACGGCGUCUGGACGGCGCUGGUCGGCAAGUACGAGGAGGCCAUGGAGAAGCACCACCCGGGGUACGGCGACGACCGUUGGCCCUUCGUCACGAACUUCGCCGGCUGUAAUCCUUGCGACGACGGCAAGAAUUGCAGUGACGAGUACCCGCUGGACCGGUGCGCCAGCGGCAUGGAGCGCGCCUUCAACUUCGCCGACAACCAGGUGCUCAGGCUCUACGGCUUCCGGCACGAGUCGCUGGCGAGCGCCGAGGUCAGGCGCGUGGCAAACCGGUCGACGGACCCGCUGGAGGCCAAGGAGGAGGCUCUCGCUUUCUUGAAGAAGCCCAAUGAGCCGGAUCUAUGGAGCAACGAUGUGCGCAAGAAUAGAAAGCGUAAGGGAAAGGGAGAUUUAGAUUCUGUUCUUGCAAGAAUCCUGAGGAGACUGGGAUGGCGAUCCAAGUGUUGAAUUGUUUUUUCCUUCUUUUUUUGUGUUUGUGUGUCUUGGUUGUUCUUGGAUUGCGGUUUUGUACUAUGGAAGGGGAACAUAUAUACAUCAAGCGAAUUGCUGUUGCUUGCUGGCUCAUGACAA